UUUUGGCACAGUUUUGAUUUGAAAUCAGAAAAAUUUGAAAACAAUUUAACUAGGAAAUAAUUGGUUGAAUUUUUAAGUCAACAAGUACAAUUUUUGAAUAUGUAGUGUAACACUAUUUUUACAAUGUCUUGCUACGCACGCAGAAAAUGAUGCUGGCAUAAAUGUAAACCAGUCGAAUAUAUGUACACAAAAGGUAAAACGCACGUGUCAAAUUAUGGAAUUAAAAUCCACCAAAAAGAUAGACAUUUUUUUUAUCAAACAUUGUAGAAUGAUUGAAUACAAGCAGCAAAUGAUUUAGCUCAAAACUAAAACCAGUUUUUUCUGGUAUACUAUAAAUAAAAACUGCUUUGCAAAUUACAAGCUUCUAUCUCUACUAUAAGUAAAAACUCUUUAUUAAACAAUAAAACCAGCAUUAUAUUUUGAAUAGCUGCUUCAGGUGUAAUUACACACAAACCACUGAUGUUCUGUAUUUAAUACUCGCUUCUAGUUUAACCGUUAAUAUUAUUGAUAAGUAAUAAAGAACCAGUGGUGAAAUAUCCAGAGAUGGGGGAGAGUACAGACUUGGUAUCUAGGGACAAAUCGGACUCUCAGGGACCCCCUAAGAGGACACCAAGUGUCACUGAUAAAGUACAAACACGCAAGAAUGUGAGCAGACCCACCUCUAGUGGCCAAGAGCGAAUCAGUCUCUCACGAGGAAGUCAGAAGAGCAAACAAAGUGACCCCACUGAAGGGGGAGAUCAAAAUGCCGGAGACCACACUGAACGUGGGGAGGGGUAUAAUGAAGAGGGGGAGUAUGAGGGCGGAGAGGGAAUGGGGGAGGGGGAUAGGUCUUACAGUGGGGCACGUGACACGACUAGAGAAGAGGAAGCAGUGUUUGAUCCCGACAAGGAAUACGACACUGACCUUGAAAUUGAAGAGAGCAAAGAAUCUUUCGACCGCAACUGGGAGGAGAUCUACGUGGAGGCGUGCAAGAGGUACAAUGUGGUGCCUGCCUCUUACUUCCAGAGGAACAUGCGCAAAGAGAAUCUGAUCAUGCGCCACCAUGGACUGGGGGCCAAGGGGGCACAGGCUAUUGCAGUCGCACUGGUGACGAACACGAGUGUGGUGAAGCUGGACUUGAGUGACAACAACAUUGAAGAGGGAGGCGCCCUCGCCAUUGCAGAGAUGCUGAAAGAGAACUUCUACAUUGCUGAAUUGUCUCUGGCGGACAAUGCGAUAGGGGAAGCGGGCAUGACAGCUGUGAGUGAGAUCAUGAGGAGCAACCCCAGCCUCACCACAGUCUGUCUCUCCGGGUGCGAGUUGGACGACAGCAUGGCACUCAUCAUCGGGGACGCCAUAGAGAAGAUGCAGAAAGUGGAGGUGUUGGACUUGAGUCACAACAAACUGGGGGACAAGUCUGCCGAGGCACUUAGCAAGGGUAUCAGCGAGUCCAUGUCUCUCCGCUCUCUCGAUAUCAGUUGGAACAAUUUCAGACCCAAAGGAAUAGUCACCCUAGCCAAGGGAAUCAAGCAAGCCUACUCAAUGACAAAAUGCAAUCUAUCCUGGAAUGGAAUUGAGAACGAAGGAGCACUUGCACUUGCAGAUGCGAUCAAAACAACAGAUAUCUUGAAGGAGCUGGAUAUCUCCAAUACUCGAAUGAACACAGAGGCAGCAAUUAACUUCGCCAAGGGACUGGCUGUCAACGAGACACUUCUGGUUCUCAGAAUGGGCACAAAUCCAAUGGAGAGUGCGGGGUGCUACGGGGUCAUUACACAGGUCAUGUUGAAUCCCAACUCAAAACUACAAGAGAUAUAUUUCGACGACAUAAUUGUGAAUAAGGACUUUGACGAGCAGCUGGCUAAACUCCACGAGAUUCAUCCCAACAUACAGGUGUUCCCUGCAGGCCACGAGGAGCAACGGAAGAAGAAAGUACCCGCCAAACUAGAUCACCCCUGCGUUAAAGUGAAGAAGUUCUGCCAUGAGAAAAAUAUAAACCUGCUGGAGUUGUUCCAACAGGUGGACAAGGAGGGAACUUUCACCAUCAGCAAAGACGACUUCAGAUCCACUAUUCAGGAGACUGGUCUGGAGUUGACAGACGAAGAGAUGGCAACAAUCACAGUCCAGAUGGACAGAGACAUGUCUGGAUUCAUAAACUACCAACAUUUCAUCGAAUUCAUCGGAAUAGUCGAACUUGACGACACUACAGAAUUAAUGAAGUUCAAGGUUAGACAAUUCCUCUCGCGGCAAAAUCAACUUAAAAAAGAGGCUGAACUACUCGCACAGGAACAACAAGAAAUGGAGGCGGAAGGUGAACCAGAGCCUGAAAUUGAAUGAAAAAAAAAACAUAACCACAUGCCUCAAUACAGCCCAAUUUGAGGAACGAUUAUUUUAAUUAACACUUUAAAUCCAAUUUGCUCCUAAACUCUGUAUAUUUUAAGUCUAAAUUCGCCAGUUGCUCAUCAAAACUAAAUUCGACAGUUGCUCGCUCAUCCAUCGGACUUUUAGACGAGUGUUAAUGAACAAGGAAACAAAAAACGACUCAUUUUUUUAAAACAUACUUUUAUUUUAGUUUCAGAAAAUAUCUUUGACAAAACGAAUAAAUAUAUUCAAGCUUU